CGGACGCUGUAGUCCCUGGGUAAAACAUGGCGGCGGCCCAGGAUGUUCACGUCAGGAUCUGUGCGCAGGAAAUAAUUAAAUAUGAUCUGGAGAUUAAAGCGUUGGUGCAGAUUAGAAGAACACCUGGUGAUUUGCCUGCAGGAUAUCCGAGACAGUCCUGGACCUUUGAACCUUCUCACAGAAUUUAAUGCCAAAGUGAAAGAAAUGUUUCACCAACUCAGACUUCGAAUACAGGAUUUGGAACAGAUGGCAAAGGAACAAGACAAAGAAUCUGAGAAGCAGAUGUUGCUGGCUGAAGUGGAGAAUCAUCACAAACAAAUGUUAAGCAACCAAAAUGCUUGGCGAAAAGCAAACCUGGCCUGCAAACUUGCCAUAGACAAUCAUGAAAAAGAUGAAUUGCUUCAAAGUGGGGAUUCUUCAGUUCGACAACGGAAGAUGACAAAGGAAGGCUUAGUACAGACAGCAAGCAGCAUUACUGAGAGCUUGAUGACUAUCAGCAGGAUGAUGUCGCAACAAGUGCAGCAAAGUGAAGAAUCAGUGCAAACAUUGGCAACAUCUUCGAGAACAGUUCUGGAAACAAAUGAAGAAUUUAAAAACAUGACCGGCACGAUUCAACUGGGUCGCAAGCUGAUCACAAAAUACAAUCGCAGAGAGUUGACUGACAAGCUGCUUAUUUUCCUCGCUUUGGCUUUGUUUUUGGCAACAGUGGUGUACAUUUUAAAGAAACGCAUCUUCCCUUUUUUAUAGAACUGGAACAAAUGGCAGAAAUCAAAUAGACAUUGAAAUUGAGAAUAGAUGCAAAGUGCUGGAGUAACAGCUGGUCAGGCAGCAUCCCUAAAGAAAAAGGAUGGGUGAUUGAGAGCAUUGUAAACUUGUGUAAGCAUUAAGGAAGAUAAGUUCAAGUUUUGUUUUUGCAUAUGAAUUGAAAUGGAAGCAGAUUCAAGUACCUUUUAAAGAAUGGGACAAUGUCUUAAAAUGUAAAUUAAAAUUCCUAACUGGAAGGUAAAUGGACAUCAGAAAGCUAUGCAUUAUUUCCAAAUGUAAUCACUAUCUGCUGGCAAUUGUUGGUUGCAGCUAAGCACUGUAGUCUGUUUCUUGCAUCUGUUUCCCUUCACUUCAGUGGGACUGAGUUUUGGAAUGUUACAUGUGCAUGUUCUUCUGAUAAAGGAUGGCUAUCCAGCGCCAUCUGCAUUUCACCUCUUCAAGGAAUUGCUGCCUAAUUAUUAUGCGGAAAUAUGGUACUUUUGUAUUAAGUAACAGUACAAAGACUGACUUUGUAAAACAUCAUCGUUUUGUUCAUAUCUAUUCCAUAAUAUGUAUAGUUGAGUAACCUGAAUUUGCUUGAAUUACAAAAAAAUACUCUCUGCAUCUAUGCAUUGAAAAUAUUACCAAUGUAAGCACUUAUAGUUGUGAACACAGUGCAGUGUUCAGUAAUUUAUUAUCCAUGCAAACAAAACACUAUAAUUUCUCGACGGGACCAAUUAUUUGCUUCCAUAAUUAACAAAACCCUAUAAAUUAAUAUACCCUAUAAAUGUUCACAGUUAUUAAUAGUUAUACAAGUAUCUGGGUCUUAUGAAUAUUAAUAAUGAAGCAUGUCAUUAUUAUUAAAAGGUUUGCAUCCUUUCAAGGGAUUUAAAUUUGUCGGUUAAUUUUAUUUGGCGUACAUAUCGAACUGUUGGCUAGGUUGUAACUAUUUAGAUUAACUGAUUGAAAGAUUACAGUUGCAACGUUAAAAUAAAGUAUUGGAGAAAUGAUUUAUUUUACAUCUAAUAUCAUGGUGAGUGAAAGUAAUUCACAAUUUGAUCACAUGCAAUUGGGCAUUUGUGUUUCUUUCAUAUACAUUUUUCUCCUCUUAUAUCCUUGGAUACUUUAAUAGAUCAUCAUUGUCAUUUUCUCGACACUCACCUGUCUCCUCUAAGAGUAAUGGAACUGUACUCAUCUGAUAUGAAUUAUUUGGCAGUGGUUUAAAUGGGCAAACAGUUUGGUUCAUCACUGUGGUACUUUAGCAAGAUGAAGCACAGGCAGCUUAUCUAAAAUUUGAAUACUGACAAGAUAAUGUGUCAGUAUGGUCCUGUAUUUUUUUUAAUCCACUUUCUUUGAGCUAUUAUCACAUCACCUCCUUUUGCCUCAGUCAAUAUAUUGCGGAUUGUAAUGCCCUGGUGUGUAAAGGUGCACUCUUCCCAUCUUUUUUUUUGACAAUUACAAUAAAUCUGUUCCUGUUGGUUUCUA